AUGGCGACGAAACGCACGCACAAGGUUUUCCAGCAGGGAAAGAGACACUGGGAAUUGAUACCAGCUGUCAGCCGGAGCGGUGGUCUUGACAAGGAAGGAGAUACGCUCAAAGACUUUAAAGUGCAAGAGGAAUAUUAUCGGUUCAUCUGUACAAAGGUAGCAUUUUACUGGAAGGAAUAUCCGUGUCCAUCCGCCGAUGGCGAUGUGAAACGGAAACAGGAGAGUCAAGCAAACAUUCUAAUCCUGUUCCGAAAACUCAGGGAAGGACUGCAAUCGACUAAUCGCACGGAUGCGUUUGCUCUCGAUGUGUACGAAAAUUCGCUUCAUUUAUCGAUUCUCUUCCAUUCCACCAAUCAAGCCACAUCCAUUCUCUCACAUCUCCUACAACGGUCCUUCGCUCUCUCAUCACAGUCAUCGACGCUGCGAGCACAACGGAUCACCGUUCUUUCACUGCUACACAACAUAUUGGUUGGCUAUCCUUCUCAAUCUCGCUAUUACGAACAGCUGUACUCGCUUCCACGCCAUAUCUUGCCUCGCGAUUCUUGCGCAUCUCAGUGGUUGCACAAGCUGACGCGGAGCCUUCGAACAAGAGAUUAUGCAGUAUUACAAGACUUAACGUCCUGCGAGGCAUUUAAAGGAAUUUUCCCGGAUACAGUGGAUGGUGCACAGCCAGUGACAACCCUACCAGGUGCACCCACCAAUCUAUCCCUUGAAGCUGCUUGUACACUGGUUGAUGAAAUCCGUAACAAGGCGCGGGAGACAACAUGGACCAUCUUGCGUAGUGCUUAUCGAGAACUCCAAUGUCUUCCUAACACCGAAGCGCGGCAUGACAAGGAUAUAGAUUCGUUAACGAGCAAUUGGCUCCUGCGAUCAUUGGCACUGCGCCCGAUCACUAGCAGUAUGGAUGACGUUGAUAGCUAUGCACUAAUAGAAGAAUGGCUAGUACGCAGAUGUACACAAGGAGAAGUGAGGCGGAAAGAGGGUCAUGGAAUGGAAGAUAAAUGGAUCAUAUGUAAGGCUCCAGCGAAGGGAGGUUCGUAG